AUGGAGCAGGCCGCGAACGCGGCGGCUUGGUCUCCUGGCCAUCAUUUUGACCACAAUCCGCGCCUUGGGGGCCGGUCUGCUGCCGUCCAGCCGGGCCCCACGUCCCACAUGCGCCCGUUUUCGUCCAUCUCGCGUCCGACGUCCGCUACGUCUUCCGCACCAUCUCCUCUCUCAGCCUCUUCGUCGACUCCCCCGUAUAUCGACCUGCCCCUCUCUGUGGGCACACCGCCGCCAUUUCCGCCUCGUCCAGCCAGUACUGGUGGUGAACAAUCCCAAGACCACAGCCCCGCUCACACAACCCACGGAAAGCGACAAAGCGGAAAGCUGCCCGCAGCCACCCGUACAGCCGUCAAUGGAACGAAGAAAGAGGGGAGCUUCGUCAUGAACAUGGGUCAAUGCUACUAGGUCCGGGGACGCAAGAAGUGCCACCUGU